UUGUCAAAACGAACAAAGCUGCAUUACUAUCAUAUUUGAUGUAGAUUUAGUUCUUGCUUUCAAGUUAAUUUAUAUUGGUUUUAAUAUGUUGCAAUUAAAGGAUAGAAAUUCUUUGAACCUUGAAGGAUACACGAUAAUAAUACCCAGUAUAUGUGUGGGAAAUGCGGCACAACUGGCUUGUGAUUUGUUGAUAGCAUCGAAAAAAAUGCGACGAGUGGGAAAUCUUAUGCAUCCAGCAUUGAUUCCUGUUUUUGGCCCAUCAGCUUACCAACAUGAUCCGGAAGAAAGGGUCGCUGCUUGUGAAAUAUAUGAAUGUACUGCCAAUAAAUUGGUCGUUUUUCAAUUUCGAACUCCUCUCAUAUCACGUCAUUCACAGAGUCUACAUAAUUACAUAGCGGAGUUAGUACGUCCUGCUGAGAGAGUGGUAAUACUCAGCGCAAGUUUCGGUUUCGAGAAACGUGAAAUAGGUACUUCGCCAUAUGAAUACUGCGUUUCCAAUAGCUUUCGUGAAAAUCAUGAAACUCAAUUAGCUAACGUAAAAUGGAUGGAAUUCAAAGGAAAUACAGUGUUUGGUGGAGGCAACGGCUUACAAUUAUAUCGCUUAUUAGAAGAAAAACAAGUUCCUGUAAUGUUGCUUUUUCGGUAUGUUCUCGAAGGCGAUAAUUCGACGGAUGCUACGCUCAUAAUCCGAGAACUAAACGAUUUGUGUUCGAGCUUUUUACGAUUGGAAGUAGAAGAUAAAUCCAUAAAGCUAAUUGUUCCAGUAUCAUGGAAAUUACUGUUUGGAAACGACGUAACUUCUUUGAUUUUCUAGUUUAAAAUUUUGUUUAUAUUUAUUUUAAGGUGUGUGUUAAUAUAUUUUUUGAAAUACUUUGCUUUUUUCGCAUUAUACUAAAUUACACGCAUUUGUAGGGAUACAAUAAAAUAUGAGGCAAUUUUAGGACUUACCUUUCUUUAAAAUAUGUUUGGAUCGAUAAGCAGGAAAUGUUUUUGGGGAAUCAUUUUGAAUUUACAAAUUUGGUCGAUUUACGCUUAGUUCCCUUUCACUUGCUUAGAUCCAGUUCAUGUAGUUUAUUAAUGUAAUGGGUUAAGGAUAUUACAAGCAAAUAAACAAUGUCCAACCAUUAAACAUA